GUGUGCUACACUCAACAUUAGUGAAUGAAGGUCAUUCCGGACGAUGCUGGUGGGAAGGAUGUGUCUAAAAAAGCUUUGCCAGAUGUUGGAGUAGGAACAACAGAGACAUGGCUGAUUCGAUUCACCACUCGCCUCUACCAUCGUUGGGCUCUCUUCGUAGCCAAUCAUGCAGUCCUCACCAUCGUCAUUUGUACGAUUCUGAGUCUAGUGGGAACAGCAAAAAUUGUCACUACACCGAAUGAAAACGACAUCACUGGCUACACCCCAUAUGGGGCCCGAGCAAGAGAUGAACUUAAUGUUGCCGCCGAAUUCUUCUCGCGUGGAGGAAAUGGAAUUGCAAUAUUUAUCUUGAUUUUACCCAAAGAUGGAGGAAAUGCGUUGCGACCCGAAAUUCUUGAUGAAGCAUUGACGGUCGAAGAAAAGCUGUCAACAAACUUCACAAUGUUCAACCCAAACACGAACCAAAGCGAGACAUAUCAGGAGUUUUGCUUUAGUUUCUGCCAAAUCAACCAACCAUUUGUUCAGUUUGCGAGCACUUACAUCGUCCAAGGGUCUCUCAACAAAUCUGACGAUGGGGUUGAAGACCGAAUAGAUCUCUCCUACCCAAUCAGUAAUUUCUACGGUCGGCGUCUAAACAUUCAGCCACAUUUCUUUGGUUUGGAAUUGACUGAAGACAUAUUAUCCGAUGAAAACGAUAACUCCACUGCUUUGACAAAAAGAACGACGCUUUCGAAUAUGAAAUCAGCAAAGAUGCUUGCUCUUACCAUACGAGCAGAAAGAAAGGACUGGUGGACUACCCAAAUGGUCAAAGACUAUGAGCUAGCCAUCACGCAAUAUUUCGAAAGGGACUUUGUAUCACCAUAUAUAAGAGUUUUGACGCUAUCCACAUCAUUUGUUGAAGCAGAAGUAGUUCGCGCCGGUAUGAGUCUAAUGCCUUUCCUCGUCGUUGGAUUUGCUAUCAUGGCCUGUGUCUCCUCUCUAACAACCAUGUUAAGUGCCUUGUACAUGGGUCAAGUCAGCAUUCAUAAGUUCUCUCUGGCUAUUAUGGCUUGCAUCUGCCCAUUCAUGGCAUGUGGUACAGCGCUUGGCGCCCUCUUCUUUAUCGGAGUGCGAUUCGGCUCGAUCUUAUGCGUGACACCAUUUUUGGUGCUGGCUAUAGGUGUUGACGAUGCUUAUCUUAUGAUUCAUUCUUGGCAAAGAGUGACAAAAGAGUUGCGAGAGAAUCCGAACAAACAAGACUGUGCUUCAUACCGAUUAGCGCAGGUCUUGUCUGAUACUGGCCCGGCUAUAAUGAUCAGCGCACUGACAAACAUCUCCGCUGAUGCUGUCGGAGCAUUUACGAGUUCGCCGGAAAUCACUCUUCUUUGCUAUGGAAAUGCAGCCUGCAUCUUCGUCGACUUCAUUUAUCAGAUAACGCUCUACUCUGCCGUGAUGGUUCUAGCAGGCCACUUUGAAGUGGCAAACGAGCGCGAAUUGAGCCUCACUCAGCGUUUAGAGUGUGGCGUCGAUGGCAGCAAUGACGCUUUGAACAAGAAAUCAGCGUCAAUCACCUUGCAACGAUUUACUGAGAAAUGUUCCACAUUCCUUGAUAGCUACGUUGCUCUCGUUACCAACAAAUUCUUCGACAUCGCUGCUGUUGUGGUGUGGAUUGCGUUCAUACUGAUUUCUAUAAAGGGUCUCACACAAAUGCCGAUAAACCUGACUCCGAAGAAGUUAUUUAGCGGUGAUUCAUCAUUGCAAGAGAUGGAUGAUCUUCGAGUCUCCUAUGUGAUCCCAUAUUUUACUUUAGCUACGGUGUUUGUGAACAAACCAGGCAAUCUUUCAGACAAAACUCGCCUUGCUCGACUAGAUGCUUUCGUUGAAGAAUUGGAAUCACUACCGGGUGCAUGGGGAAAACGCAGCUCGAAUUAUUUCAUUAGAGAUUUUCUCGAGUACGAAAAAGAAAUGAGCAAAGUUGAAGUUGACAUUGGCGAGAAAAAAAAUACCUUCAAAGAAACUGGUGCUUUGCGCAUGGAAGAACUGCCUAAUUUUUUGGAAUGGCCCGAGUAUGAAUACUGGCGCGGAUUUGUCCGGUUCAAAGAGAAUUCUACGGAAUUAGAAAAGUUUUUCUUAACUACAGCUUAUUACGGGGAUUAUCUAAAAGUAUGGAUCAAUAGGGACAAACUGCUGAAAAGCUGGCGAGCAGUAGUAGAUCGAUACUCACCAGAGUUCAACGCCACUGUUUACUUCGACGACGGCAUUUAUCUGGAUUUGAUUGAGAAUAUGCCCACUGACACAUGGCAGUCCGGUGUAGCGACAAUUUGUUGCAUGGCCAUAGUAUGCUUCAUUUUUAUGUGGGAUCUUCCAACAGUGCUCAUUACCACGGCAGUCAUUGCUAGCAUUAUGACAGGAAUCUUGGGAACACUCUCUUGGACUGGUACCGAACUUGAUCCAAUCGUGAUGGCCGCUCUGAUUAUCUCAAUUGGAUUCUCUGUGGAUAUACCGGCACAUGUCGCCUACCAUUAUUAUAGUGCUGGAGCGCACAUUCCUCCUCCUAUCACUACGAAGCGUCGGCUGCACUACUGUCUAUCAUCAGUAGGAUUUCCAGCAUUGCAAGCUUCGCUCAGUACAAGUUUAUGUGUCCUGGCUCUCCUUCUAGUCACCAUCUACAUGUCACAGGUAUUCGUCAAAACCAUGAUUUUGUGCAUGACACUAUGCGUGAUACAUGGCCUCGUCCUCAUUCCGUGCUUGGCCAGCCUGGCCGAUCCUAUUCUUGGCGGACUUCGGCGGUCUAAGAAAGCCUAACAAUGAACCACUUUCAUGGCUACUUCCUAGUCUGUACUGGAAUUUGCCGAAUCAGGGUCCAAGUAUCUGGAAGCAUCUUUCCAGCACCUUUCAUCUUUCGCUCUGAAGCUUUAUAAGUCUUUGUUUUCAUUUGUGCAAUCUACUAGAUUCGCAUAUAUGAAUUUAUUUCUGUACAAAUGUGAAUAAUUUUUUCUCUUCCUUCU